CUUAUCGCCACCAUGGUUCGUGCUCAUCCCACCUUGUCCGAAAGCAUGCACUCCCACGCGGUUUCUCCAUCACUCUGGAAGCGAGCGGAGAGAUCUUGUUCACCUUAGUGCCUGGGCAUGCAUGAAAGCCAGUGGUUGUCGACGCUUUUGAGGAUUGUUUCCGGGCUGUGGAGCUGAUUAUCUACCACGUCGAGAAACCGUUGCAAACGUCCAGCGUCAAAGUUGCAUUAUUGUCUGCACAGAUUUGCUGGUCCACUAAUUACCUUGCGGCGGGCUAGCCACUCGAUUUUGAAGACGAGGAAUGGGUUGGACCUCUGGUACAUAUUUCGGCUGAAAGCCAGAUAUUUCACAACGGACGACUCGCCUUGUCUCUCCACCUGGAACUCUAAAUCUUGAGGUCGACCACAUCAGUUGCAUCGAGUGAGUGUCAACUCGAACUUCCUCAUCAUCAGUAAGGGUUUGGCAACUGCAAUAGACGCAAACAUGUCUACCCACGUACCAGCCGCCCUCGAUCAGGGCACAGGUUAUGGCAUCGUCCUCGGUCUUGGAGCUCUGUUUGCCUUUGGAAUGAUCUUUGUGACAUUUGUCCUCAAGCGUUACAAUGCCGAGCGUCAAACAUCCGAGAUGUUCAACACGGCCGGCAGGACGGUCAAAUCUGGACUUGUCGGGUCGGCAGUUGUGUCUUCGUGGACAUGGGCGGCAACACUCCUUCAAUCCACUGGUGUCUGCUACCGUUACGGAGUAUCGGGGCCGUUUUGGUAUGCGAGCGGCGCCACGGUGCAGAUCAUCCUCUUCGCGACCCUAGCCAUUGAGCUGAAACGUCGCGCACCCAAUGCCCAUACGUUCCUGGAAGUGAUCAAAGCGCGCUUUGGUACAGCCGCCCACAUCACCUUUAUGGUCUUUGGUCUCGUUACCAACAUCCUCGUGUCUCUGAUGCUCAUCGUUGGCGGCUCAGCCACCGUCAAUGCCCUCACUGGAAUGCACACGAUCGCCGCCAUCUACCUUCUCCCAGUUGGCGUUGUGGCGUACACCAUGGUUGGAGGCCUGAAGGCGACUAUCCUGACUGACUGGGUUCAUACCUUCAUCCUCCUCGUCAUCAUCAUCAUCUUCGCCCUCACGACCUACGCCACCUCGGAAGACCUUGGCUCUCCAUCGGCCGUGUACGACCUACUAGUCGAGGCAGCAUCUCGCCACCCCGUCGAAGGCAACAAGGAUGGCAGCUACCUAACAAUGCAGUCCAAAGAGGGCGCCAUCUUCUUUGUCAUCAACAUUGUCGGCAACUUUGGCACCGUCUUUCUCGACAAUGGUUACUACAACAAGGCGAUUGCCGCGUCGCCCGUCCAUGCCCUUCCGGGCUACAUCCUCGGUGGCCUUUCCUGGUUUGCCAUUCCCUGGCUGACAGCAACCACCAUGGGUCUGGCUGCCAUCGCGCUCGAGAGCAACCCGCGCUUCCCUACUUUCCCGAACCGCAUGUCCGAUGACGAAGUCUCGGAAGGACUCGUCCUCCCAUACGCGGCCGUGGCGCUGAUGGGCAAGGGCGGAGCAGUAGCUACCCUCCUAAUCACCUUCAUGGCAGUCACAUCAGCAACUUCAUCCGAGCUCAUCGCCGUGUCCUCCAUCUUCACCUACGACUUUUACCGGACCUACUUCAACCCUAGCGCGAGCGGGAAGCGCCUGAUCUGGAUGAGUCACUGCAUUGUGGUUGGCUACGCGGCCUUCAUCGCCACCUUCUCCGUCGGACUGUGGUACGCCGGAAUCAGCAUGGGCUACCUGUACGUCAUGAUGGGCGUCAUCAUCUCGGCCGCUGUCCUGCCCGCCGCCCUCACCCUGACCUGGUCCGGCCUGAACAAGUGGGCAGCCACCCUGUCGCCCAUUUGCGGCCUGGUCGCUGCCCUGGCCGCGUGGCUCGCGACCGCCAAGCGCGAGUGCGGCGUGCUCGACGUCAAGUGCACCGGCUCCAACAACCCGAUGCUGGCGGGCAACGUGGUCGCUCUGCUGUCGCCGGUGGUACUAAUACCGAUUUUCACGGUCAUCUUUGGUUUGGACAAAUACGAUUGGGUGUCCAUGAUGAACAUCCGCCAAGCAGAUGACCACGACAUUACGGACGCCGCAGGAGUGGACGUCGAGGUUGCGCCAGCAGAGGAAGCCGAGACCCAGGCCAAUUUCGAGGAGGAGCAGCGUAAGCUCGUGCGCGCCGGCAAGAUCAGCAAGACGAUGACAGUCUUGAUGACUGUUGCAUUCCUCGUCCUGUGGCCCAUGCCAAUGUACGGCACAGGCUACAUAUUCUCGAAGCCUUUCUUUACCGGCUGGGUCACCAUCGGCAUCAUCUGGAUCUUCUGCUCCCUCGGCGCGGUUGGAUUGUUCCCCAUAUACGAGGGCAGGAAGACGCUGGUCAACACCUUCAAGUUCAUGAUUUCGGAUCUCGGCGGAAAGCCACGACUCAAGAGACUCGACGCUCAGCAAGUCGGCUCGCCCAGCGGUGGAUCCACCCCGGCCGAGAAGGCUCAGGAUUCCAAGGAUGGAGCUGUGCAGGUUACUCCCGCGUAGUCUGUUUUGCUUUUUCGCAAGCGUCUUGAAGCACAAGGGUGUGUUUUUGUAGUGUUGGAAAAAUACCCAAAUAACGGGACUUUUUUUUCAAGUCCAUCUUUUAUGAUACCACUUUAUUUUAGCCAUCUUAUCUCGGGACAAUUUAUUUAGCCUCUACGGUCUACUAAAUAAACUCCAAAGUGAACCUUCUAUAGUGGGUUUCGUUU